AUGGCAGCGUCAGAGUCAGCAGAAUCAGACCCGCGUCUUACGGAUGGCGCGACGUUCAUAUGGCAUUCCGUCGAAGUCUUCGUGGAAAAUCCCUGUUCGGGGUGGGAAAACGCCACAAAGGUGGCAUCCUGUUGGAAGGCCUUGCCGCAUGGCUGGCAUUUCCGAGUCGAGGUAUUUCCAAACGGGCUGUCACCCGAGGAACAGGGUUUUGUGAGCGGCUUUAUCAGAGUCCGCCCGCCUGCUACGCUUGAAGGGAAGGACUGGAUCUUUCCGGAGUUGCAGCGUGUGAGAUUCAUCAUCAAGGGCGAGACCGCACUGCAAAGCUUAUUUCUAUCGACGUCGCUCGCUUAUCCACUGUCUAAAUCUCAUGUAGACUACGGCUGGCCGAAGUUGGUUCCUCAUUACACACUCCUACAGAAGAAGUGGGUCAGUGCUGGCAAGCUUCGCAUUCUUGGCGAGGCGGCCUUCCUGCCAGGCAACUUCCCGUGCCGAGAUGUGCCAGCGGAGCUUUUUUCCAAGGAGCCAGAGUUCGUCACGUUCCUUUUAGCCGACGGAUCGAAACUUCAUUUUGACAAGCGGCUAGUGGUAGAGCGGUCGAAGCAUUUCGCGAGCAUGCUGUCAUCAGAAACAUGGGUCGAGGGUCGCACCAAUGUCAUCGACUUGCGAGUCAACGAACAAGCUGAUGCAGCGAGCAUGCAGGCAGUCCUUUGCCAUUUCAUGUCGCAGCACUUUCACGCUGCUUGCAACGACGAGCUGGCAUUUUCCGUCCGGAAGCUUGCAGAUCAGUUUUGCCUAGAUGACCUGGUCCAGGAGGUGGAAACCGAACUCCUGGCGAAAGUUUGCCAAGACAACCUCCUGAAGUUUCUGGGCAAGGUUCUCGGAAGCGGGGGCAUCUUAGAGGCCCGGUGCCUGGAGAUGGUGAAAGCAAACGCCUGCGAGAUCCUCGACAAACAGGGAUCCCAGUUGGAGGAACUGGUCGAUGACAACCCGGCUCUUGCGAAGUUUCUGAUGCGAGUCCUGUUGAACGCGGCUAGAG